AUGGUCUCCCGACGUGCCUGGAUUCCUCAGGUCGCCAAGACCGAGGGUUUUGCCGCGCGGCUGCGACGCGUGCGGAUCCUGGUGCUGGAUGAGGUGGACCAGCUCGCCAGUGAGACGUUCCGGGCUGCGACGCUGGAGAUCGCGGCGGCCCUUCCCCCGUGCUCCGAGCGGCAAGGCCUCUUCUAUUCCGCCACGGUGUCGGAUGCCGUGCACGGCCUGGUGCGGCAGAUCGGGCGCGGGGACGGCCUCGCCUUCGUGGACGCCGCCCCACUCCCACCGGAGUUGUCCUCAGCGGAGGUGAUCCAGUCGGAUGAGGUCGUGGUGCCAGAGCACAUUGACCAGUAUUACUCGCUGGUUCCCACAGAACGAAUGACCGAGUGCUUGUGGCGAUUCCUGCAGUCGCACGCCAAGCCAGACUUCAAGGCGGUGGCCAUCUUCAUGACGGGCCGGAUCGCCGCCUAUUACGCCGAAGCCUUCCGGAAAGCAGGAACAGAUCUGGCGGUCUUCGAGAUUCAUGCAAGGAGGAGCCAAAAGCAGAGGACCGAGGAGUCGGAGCGCUUCCGCGCGGCGGAGCGGGGCGUGCUCUUCACCUCGGACGUGUCCAGCCGCGGCCUGGACUACCCAGGUGUGACGCAUGUGGUACAGAUGGGCGCAGCACACUCCAAAGCAGAGUACAUCCAUCGCUUGGGGCGGUGUGGCCGAGCUGGUGCCAAGGGUCACGGCUUGCUGUUGCUCCAUGACUUUGAGGAAGGUUUCUUGGAACAACUCUCUGACUUGGAGAUCAUGGAAGAGCCUUUGAGCCAGAUGACCGAGGCCCGCCGUGGGCUGUGCCGGCGUAGGAUCAACCACGUGAUGCGGAAUUCCACCGCCGAUCUGCUGGAGAUCAUGCGCGAGGCCCACCGCUUCGCCCGCUCCAUCGGCGCCACCGACGAGGAGGAUCGGCCGCCGGAGAUCACCGUGGAGAAUGCCCAGAAGAUGGGCGUGGCCGAGAUCCAGGAUGUGAGCGUUCACAUGGCCAAGUAG